AUGCAGUUCUCCAUCACAGCCCUCCUCUUCGGCCUCGUCGCCGUCUCCUCCGCCGCCAUCGCCGACGUCGAAAACGUCCGCAACACCCCCCGCAGCGUGCUUGAGAACCGUCAGGCAGCUAACGGCGCAUGCUGUAUCCCCGAGCAAUCGCUCAAGCAGGAUGCUUGCACUGUUAACGGUGCGGCUGGAAAGUGUGUGCCUGGAGGACCUGCUGCUUGCAACGGCGCCCUCAACUGCGUAGCAAACGACCAGCUCGUAUGCGACAACAACGUCCAGGAGCGAUCUGGCAACCUGUGCCGUUUCCAGGCUGCCAACGGCAAGAUUCAGGAUGGUGCUCAGCAGAUUAACAGCCUUGCUCAGGCUAAGGUGAACUAA